AUGGCUGGCUUCUAUUGGCUUCCAUGUGCCGCUAAAUCCGGAGCGUCCAGUCGGAAUUUGAGUUCACGGAGAAGUAAGCGGGAGGUGGGAGGCGGGAGGCGGGAGGGGGGAGGCGGGAGGGGGGAGGCGGGAGGGGGGAGGCGGGAGGGGGGCGGCGGGAGGGGGGAGGCGGGAGAGGGGGGGGGGGGAUGGGGGAUGCAGGGAGAAGGGGAGAAGGGGAGAAGAGAAGGGGAGAAGGGGAGAAGGGGAGAAGAGAAGGGGAGAAGGGGAGAAGGGGAGGGAAGGUGCAGAGAAAGGUUGGGGAGAAGGGUGGAAGGGAAGUGGCACUAUAUGCGUUGGGCGUUGGGGCCUGCUCGUCUGACGCGUGUGACUCUAUCGACCUACCCUUCGCCUACAAUCACCUCUUCCAGGAUCGAUUCUUUGUCCUCCCCACCUUUGCGGUUCUCUUCCCCUCCUCCCUCAUCAAGCAACUCCUUGCUGUCGAAGGGCUCGUGUGAGUGGAUGGGAUGGGAUGGAACCAUGCUGGUAACCCCUUUCCGCUCCUUCCGCUCUGCUGCUCUCUCUAUGCCGGACGCUCUUCCCCUCCUCCCUCAUCGAGCAACUCCUUGCUGUCGAAGGGCUCGUGUGAGUGGAUGGAUUGGGACCAUGUCACUCAACCUUUCUCCUCCUCUAUCCCUCUCACAUUCGCACUCCUCCCAUCCCUCCCCCAGCUUCGAUCCGGCUCUACUGCUGCACGGAGAGCACAAUGUGCGACUCUUCCGGCCCCUGCCCACCGCUGCCAAGGUGGUGAAUCGCGCACGCAUAUCAGCCCUGAAGGAAAAGGGCAGGGCGGCCAUAGUGGAUGUGGAGACAGUGUCGUUCGACCGCGAGUCAGGAGCUAGGCUCGCACUCAACAGGCUAUCUCAACCGCCACAGCAACCAGCAGCACAUGGCAGCGCAGUCCCCAAGCAGCCAUCCGCCCGCCCCGCACCUCAUGCAUCAGCAGAGGAGCGCAUCCCCCCUAACCAGGCCCUGCUGUAUCGCCUCUGUGGCGUCCUCAACCCCCUCCACUCCGACCCUGAAUUCGCCGCCACUGCAGGCUAUCCUCGCCCGAUCCUGCACGGCCUCUGCACGCUUGGCUUCGCCACCCGAGCCAUCCUUCGAACCUGCUGCAGGGGUGACCCGAGCCUCUUCCACAGCGUGCUGGUUCGGUUCACCGGGCAUGUGUUCCCGGGCGAGACUCUCAUCACCCGAACCUGUCAGCCCGUGUCCAUACCAGCAUCAAGCGCAGCAGGGGAAGAAGAAUCAGCAGCAGGUUCGGGAGGGGAGGGCGUGAGAGGAGGGGGGGCCGUUGAAGCGUGUGAGCUUUGA